AUGCAAGCCGUGCAAGAAGUGGUCCGGCCAUCGCUCGAGAGAACUUUGAGCCAAAGCCUUGGCGCUGAACUCAUGGAAUGCGAUCAAGGUCCGAUAGAGCUGUCGCCUGCUCGGCAUCGAGAGAUCAUGUCCAGUGUUUACAAGUCUCUCGAGAACGUCAGGACUUCCAGGGUACCGGGUGAUUCGAACCUCUCGGCCUGGAAAGUCAAGCUGCACAAGAGGAAUGUGGCUUAUUAUAUCGACAAGACCAGCGUUCUGCACGGGCAGACGAGGUGCUGUGCGGUGGGCUACACGCAUGCGACGGUAGACGAAUUGGUGGGCUUGUUUCUUCCCGCUGAAAAGCGUGCUAUGCUUCAGAACACCGGGAUCCUUUUCGAUAACGUCGUGGACGUUGAUGUUGUCUCAACACUUCGUAGUCCGACGAAAGAGCGGCCAAUGAGUUCCGUAUACGUGCGGCGCGUCAAUUGUCAGACUUCCGGACCUUGGUCUAGCCGUGAAACGUACGCGAUUGUAGCGACCGACGUCAUUCCUCAAUCGGAUGGAUCAACUGUCGGCUACUGUCUUUGGGAGUCUAUUGACAACCAAGAUAUCGCACAGGCUGUACGAACGACAAGUUUCAGGCAUCCGACUUCGUUUCGCUCGGGUUUCUACUUUCGACAACCAGGAACAACGGAAUCAGCGAGUGGAGACUCGACUCAAGGUCAGACUGAGAUCGUGUAUAUGGUCGGUAUCGAGAGCGGAGUGUGGGCUACUUCUCGGUUCGCUUUGGAAAAGCAUGGAUCCAGUGUUCGUCGUCUGUGCUCACAUGUCCGCCACAAACACCUGAACCCGUCUACAUUCGUCACAAAAAUGCAAUGGGAGUCCAAGUGUUCUGCUAAGAGCUGCGGGCAGUGUGAUAAGCGAUUUCACAUGCUGUCGAAUCGCGUGAAUUGCCAUGCAUGCGGCCACGUCGUGUGCAGAUCCUGCACUUCGAAGGAGCCAAUGGCACUACACGUCUGCUUUGGGUGCCUGAAAAAAGCUGGUUUGCCUGCUCCCGCAUCAGCAGAGAAGAUGCAAUUGUGCGAGAGGCAAAGGCAUGUGCAUUCUUCCAGUACUACAAAAACGUUUGAGCAGUCGUCCAUUGCGGUCGUUUAUGCCGACGUCAAUGAUCACGAUGGAGUGGACACUGGAGAAUGGGCUAUCUCGACGGUAGGCAUUCCCAUCCAGCUGUCUCGAAAAAAUGCAGUGUGUGUUUGA